GGUCAUGCAACCUUACUGAAUUUCCAGAAUUCAUUAAAAGGCAACACAAGUUGGUUCACUUAGAUCUUUCUAAUAACCAUACCCAUGGUUUUGUGCCCAAUUGGUUGUGGAAGAGCAGUCUUUCAUGGGUGGACCUUUCUUUCAAUGUGAUUGAUUUUCCAAAACAGCUUCCCUUAAAUGAUGCAAACUUCUCAUAUGUUGGCAGACUUGGAUUUGAGAUCCUGCAACAUAAGUGCGUUUCCAGAGUUCAUCAAAACACAAGACAAGUUGGUUGACUUAGAUCUUUCUAACAAUCAUAUCCAUGGUGUUGUGCCUCAUUGGUUCUGGAAGAGCAGCCUUUCAAGGGUAAACCUUUCUUUCAAUGUGAUUGAUUUUCCAAAACAGCUUCCCUUAAAUGAUGCAAACUUCUUAUUUCCAAUGUUGACAAGAUUGGAUUUGAGAUCCUGUAAUAUAAGUGCGUUUCCAGAGUUCUUAAAGAGUCAAAAAAAAUUUAGAAGAAUUCGACGCAUCUUAUAAAAAUUUGAGUGGCCCAAUUUCAAAUUGGUUAUGCAAUAUGAGUCUACUUUACACUUUCGAUGCAUCUUGUAACAAUUUGAGUGGCUCAAUUUCAAAUUGCUUGGUCAAUAUGAGUCAACUUGACACUUUCGAUGUAUCUUAUAACAAUUUGAGUGGCCCAAUUCCAAAUUGCUGGGGCAAUAUGAGUGCUCUGAUUUUGUUGCGUUUGCAAGGAAAUAACUUCAGUGGAAUGUUACCAAAAUUUUCAACAGCAACCCAACUGCAAUUUCUGAAAGUUAGUGAGAAUAGACUGGAAGGGAAGUUGCCUAGAUCAUUAGCUGAAUGCACUCAGCUUGAAGUUUUGGACGUGGGAAAGAACAAGAUGAAUGAUACAUUCCCUUUUUGGUUGGAGAAAUUGCCCUACUUGAGGGUUCUAAUAUUGCGGGAAAACAGAUUUUAUGGUCAAAUUAAACAUUUCAAACAUAAAUCUGUUUUCCCAACUUUGGAUGUCUGGGACAUUGCUUCAAACCAGUUUUCUGGUGAACUAUCCAUUGAUUUCCUUCAACCCACUCGACUAAGGUCACUCAAAAUAGGUGGGAAUAAAUUGGAAGGGAAGCUGUCGAGAUCAUUAGCCAAUUGCACAGCACUUGAGGUUCUGGACCUCGGAAAUAAUAUGGUUCAUGAUACAUUCCCAUUUUGGUUAGAGAAGCUACCUUCCUUGAAGGUUCUCGUUUUGCGAGCAAACAGAUUCUACGGCACAAUUUCAAAAAUCGACACGGAAUGUGGGUUUCCAAAGCUACGCAUAUUGGACAUUGCUUCCAACCAUUUUUCAGGUGACUUGUCCAUUGAAUUUUUGCAGAGUUUGAAGGCAAUGGCGAAGAUGACUAAUGACGAAAAGGCUAAGCGGGUUUACAUUGGGGACGUCUAUUAUAAAGACUCUGUGACAAUUGUUAACAGGGGGGUUGAACUAUUUUACCAAAAAAUCUGAACUGUUCUUACUUGUCUUGACCUUUCCAACAAUAGUUUCCAUGGGAGAAUACCAGAAGAGAUACAAAUGCUGAGGUCACUCAGAGUGAUGAACUUAUCCAACAAUGGCUUUUCUGGUGAAAUCCCAUUAGCACUUGAAAAUCUAAAAGAUCUUGAAUCUUUGGAUCUCUCACAGAAUGAGCUGUCAGGGAAGAUUCCUGCACAACUUACAAGUUUAACUUUCUUAGCAGCAUUGAACUUGUCUUACAACCAACUCGAAGGGAUUAUACCGCAAAGCAACCAAUUCAUUACAUUUACAAAUGAUUUUUACCGUGGGAACCCAAAAUUGUGUGGGCUGCCAUUGUCAAGGAAAUGCAAUGAAGUUGGUCUUCCAAUGCCACCACCUCCAGGGGAAGAUGAAGAUUCAUGGUUAUAUGCUGUGUCUACUUGGAAAAUUGCGUUGAUAGGUUAUGCUAGUGGAUUAGUGGUUGGGCUAUGUAUUGGAUAUACAGUGCUGAAUGAGUUGGGAAACAAAUGGGUUAACAAGUUCAAAAAGUGUGGUAAAAGAAAUAGAAGAAGAUGUAGGUGACUCCAUCAGAAUUCUUGCUUCAAAAUUAGCUGGAGGUACUUGAAGCAGGACAUGGAAUGUACAAUUGUGAGGUUCAUGAAGAAUGUAGGCAAUGAUCCUAACAAGAUCAAUCCACUGGUACCUGUGGAUUUGGGGGAUGCAAUGUUUCAGUGCUACUGAAUUUCCAUGCUAAUAAUGAUAUUAUAAACAAGGAAAUGGCUGCCGAAGCUCUCUUUUAUAUAUAAUUUACUUUUACUUCAAAUUUUUUUAUCUUCAGAAUA